AAGGGCUAUGCCAGCUUAAAUCAUAUUUUUGCAUUGCUUGUGCGCUCUUAUCAAAUAAAAAGACCCAGUCUUAAAAAAACUGGCACAAAAGUUUAAAAAAAAAAUUGACUAUUCAAUAGUUUAUAUAUAUUGGUGGAUGCAAUAGUGGAAAUUAUUUUGAGCGGGCAGUCGCCCUCUACAAACGUGCCAUAGGAAUUUAUAAGAAAACUGUCAAUAUUCGCGUGGUAAAUGGGCAAGACAACUAAUAUGGCCAUGAAAUUGAACAGAAAAUUGGUGUGGGUAGUGCUGCUGAUAUCUUUGGAGCUGCAUCCAGUCCCUACCCAUGGAGUUAUUAACGACAGCUACUACUCGCCGAGCGUACAUAGUCAGCAAUAUGUGCACAACCUGCUUAAUGGUACCAAUACCAUGCACACAGAAGUUCAGGUGACGAAGAAUACGGAGUUGGAGCCGGAUGUAAUGGAAACUACAAAACAAUGGAGCAAAUCCUCUACAAAUGAGGCUUAUUUGAUACGCAGCUCUGUCCUCUUUGGACUGACCAAAGUGGCCAAUCAGAGUAAUGUGAACGAUCUCUGUCAUGUCCAACUGAAGCACAUACAGCGGAGUAUUCUCGACAAGCAACCAUGGGCUAUGAAAGUGCUCGAUGCGUCUGGCAGUAAGCCGGCGGGUUUUAUUUUUGGCAACAACUUCUGGUUGGGUAGUCCGGAGGCAUGUCGGGGUAUACAGCGUCCGGUAGGCAUUACACUGUCGAAGAACAUGAAACGUGUUAUGAACUAUGGAAUCAUUACCGACAAAGCGCCCUUUGAUAUGGACUAUCGUGUCAUAUAUCUGAGCCAUAGCUCACCCUGGCAGGUGGAAAUCAAGCUAAUGUCGGAGCAAAUCAUUCAUAUUGGCCUUUGUCUGCCCACAUCUUGCGACUCCGAAGAAAUAAAGCACUUGACUAGUGACUAUGUGGAGCACGGCAUGUCGGCUGACAAUGAGAUCUACGAAAUACGUCCUGAGGUGGUGUACAUGAAGGACCUAAAGCUACGCAAUUCGUUCUAUCAGCGCACAAGCUUCAAGAUUGUGAUCGCCUCCAUCAUAGCCACCUGCGCGUUCAUUUUCUGUGCCCAGCAGUUGCGUGAACGGGAACGCGAAGCUAUGCCAGCGAAGAAGUUAGCCGACGAUAGCACCAGUGGCUUGGCACCCGCCGAAUGGGAAUUCUGGCGUGCCUUCGAUGCAGUGCUGGCGGAUCCUAAAAAAUUUACUCGCUUUAAGGAUUUUGUGCGCUGUUUUGACGUUCUGGAUAACUGGGAGAAAAUAUUUACCAUUCGCGACAACCGUGCCGAUGAAAUUCCGGUGAUAAACGGUCUCCGCUCCGUUUGUGCCUACUGGAUAAUGAUAUUCCAUGUAAUGUGGUUCAUGUACUUCACGGUUCACAAUAAGACGGUUCUCAUUUCCUAUGCGGAAAAGUUGGGAUAUCAAUACGUUAGCUCGGCCCCACUGUUGGUGGAUGUCUUUUUUACCAUCAGCGGCUUCCUACAAACGUACAACUUCAUCCGCAAUGCAAAGCAAACGGAAGCCAUACGGAAUAAUGAUGUGGUCCAGAAUCUGAAGCUCUUUGGAAAGCUUCUGUUCCAUCGCUACCUACGACUGGGUCCACUCUAUCUGAUUGUGAUCGGCGUAGUGGAUCUGCUGUUUGUCUAUAUUAGAGACGUUUCAAUUUAUAACGUACACGAGCGAUUCGACGAGACGUGCGCCCAGCACUGGUGGCGAAAUCUCCUCUUCAUACAGAACCUCUUCCCAAUCACGGAACUUUGUGUCAACUGGAGCUGGUCUUUGGCCUGUGAUAUGCAAUUCUUUGUGCUGGCCACCAUCCUCCUGUUCGUGUAUACCAAACGUCCUAAGGUCGCGAAGACCGUUGUGGCUGUGGUACUUUUGGCUACGAUUGCCUGGUCUUUGGUAAUUGGUAUCAAAACGAAGUAUGAGUUCUCCUUCGAUGUAGUCUAUGAGACUGGCUCUUACAUUUACAUCAGUCCCUUCGUCCGCGUCCUGCCUUACAUUGUGGGCGCUAUAGCUGCUUGGUGUCUGGUAGAACACAAAUUGCAGUAUAAUUUGAGUGAAGCACAAGAACGUUGGCUGUGGAAUUUGUCCAUUCUGGUGUUCUUCAUCUGCCUGUAUUCGACUUUUAAACGAGACUUUGGCUAUAUCAUUUCGAUCUCUUUGUUCGUGCUGGGACGUUUCAUCUUUUCAGUCUGCAUUUGUUGGAUGAUUGUUGGAAGCGCCAGGGGGCGGGGUGUGUGGUGGUCCCGAUUAUUAGAAUCGAAAGGAUUUCAGCAUUUGAACCGCCAAUCCUAUGCCAUAUACUUGCUCAACCCUCUAGUGAUUGCGUUCUUUUACGGCUUGACGAACGGAAGCACGCAUGCGGAUCCAUUUAUUUUGUUUGUCAUCACCUUCGGCUUUGCUGUGAUCGUCUACCUGGCAUCCAUUGUUUUCUCUCUGUGCUACGAGCUGCCUUACACAAACUUGUCGAGUCAGUUGCUGAAACGCAACGGCAAGCUGAAAAGUGCCUAAAGAUGCUAUUAACCUAUUAGAAUUUAUUUGUAUAGUACACAGAACGCCUCAUUUAUCCAUUUUAAUUGUGAUUAAUUGCUUUUCAUGAACUCAUUGCAUCAGUGAAAGUCAAUUUAUUUAGUUUAAGGUAGGUUGUACAUCAAGCAGAUUGUGAUUGCUUUUGUAAGUAGGUUUUUUGAAUACUUCAACCAAGAACUUAAUAGAGAAAAUAAAUCAAGGAGUCAUAAGAAAAUA